AUGGGUCAACACUCUGCAAUCUGGCAAUCUUACGUUGAUAACAACAUCGUCGGUACCGGCCACUUCGACAAGGCUGCCAUCCUGAGCUAUGAUUUCUCCGGUGUUGAGGCUUCUUCCCCCGGUUUCACGGUUUCUCAGCAAGAAAUAAAUGGCCUGGCCAGUCUUUUCACAAAGCCAGAUGAUGCCUUCGCAAACGGCUUCACUAUUGCAGGAGAAAAGUUCCUAGCCAUCAAGGCCGACACCCGCAGUCUAUAUGGGAAGAAGGGCAAAACCGGCGUUAUCGUCGUUAGGGCCUCUUCCUGCACCAUUGUUGCUCACCACCCCGAAAAUGUCCAGACAACCAACGCAGCAACCAUCAUUGAACAACUUGUCGACUACAUCAACCAGCCCAGGUAG